AGUGCGCAUGUGUAGGUGUUUUGACGUCUUCUCCACCAAGUUGACAGCUCAUUUCUCCUCCGUGUAUUCCAAAAGUGCUACCGGUUUCUAAAGAAGUUUAUAUCAGUGUCCAGUUUUUUUAUAUUUUACCUCUGGUCGAGCAGUUAUUUCAUUUUUCACCAAGAUAUCACAUAGUUAUCUAUUCUUGUCCUGAUCGCUCUCGCUAUUUUGUUCCAGUAAGGUCGUGGGGGUUUAUCACCGUCUCCACCGGACUAGCCCGUAAUAUCGACGACAUAAAAAUACGAGCGAUAUUAAAAUGACGACAUCAGCCUUCUGUGUGAAUUCAUUGAUAAAUGGAGGAGAUAACGUGACUGCGGCUGCCUUAAAAGGCGCCGUCCAAGCAGAUUUACAUUCGUCUAUCAUUCACGGAUCGUCGAAAUGCUCGUUGACACCGAAAUUUGCCGAUACAUCGAUCCAGGCGGCGUCGGUGGUGACGGCGACCACGGGCAAUGGACUGGCGACGACGCCUCAGGUGUCAACAGCAGCGAACAUGUAUCAUCUACAAACUGACCAAAAUACCAGCUAUGCAUCGCCUUGGUUUUAUCCCGCCGAACACCAUGCUUACUCCACCAUGCCCGUGCCCAUGUCGGCUGUCGCAGACGACUUCGACAACUCGGCCUACUCAUACGCCAUGGGUGGACCAAAAAACUUUGAAUCAGGACUGAUGGCUGCAUCUGGCGGUGGAUUCUACUCGAUCGGACGGCAUCAAGCCUAUGAUAGAUAUCCCAACCAUGCUAACACCGUGUAUCAUCACACUGCCGCUGCGGUGUCACACACGGGACCCUUACCUGUAAGCCUUACCACCGCCGGGACUCUGGCGACGAAGUACAUCACCAGCGAUGGUGGUGGUGGAGGUGGAAACACGAGUCCACACGCUACAACGCACACCUUACUUGACGAGAAGCACAAAUACAUCACCAGUGGUGGGUAUGACGGGUACAACUGCCCCAAAGACGCCCAAGCAACUACCAAAUCUGCUGGGCAAAGAUCGGUGGAGAUCAGUCCAACGUACCCCUCGACGGGCUCAGCUGGUGGUUCACCGGUUACAGUCAUCCACAGUAAAGACUCACCUGAAUCAGAUAUGAAAGAAAAUGACGUCAUUGAUGACUGUGAUGAUGACGAGAAACAGAAGAACGGGGACACACCAAACUGGCUCUCGGCUACCUCCGGGCGGAAGAAGCGCUGUCCGUACACCAAGUUCCAAACGCUUGAGCUGGAGAAAGAGUUCCUUUUCAACAUGUACCUCACCCGAGACCGCCGGCUUGAGAUCGCUCGUCUACUCAGUCUCACAGAGCGGCAGGUCAAAAUCUGGUUCCAGAACCGGAGAAUGAAGAUGAAGAAGCAGAAUCGCGCACAAAAUUACCCUUAAAUUCCGAUUUGGAUGUCAGGAAUGAACUAUAUUACGUUGGAACGGUAAUCUUUGGAACAAUACUUGGACGUGAUUGUGAACUGGUGUUAAUUGAUCACACUCCGUGGACACUCUGUGAUCAAUGCACGAAACAGCAAGCGAUCUUACAUGAUGCUAUUUAAACAUUUCUUUCUUUAAUCAUAUAACAAGAAUGGUAUCAACAUUAACUUCAAGUGACACUGUAUUUGACAUCGAUUUCAAAUGUUUUGUAUUCAAUCGUACAAAGAUGUAUAGUGAGAGUGUGAACAUUGAUCAUGUUGAUUGCUUAACCUGUGAUUCAUUUUCGUCAUAAUUAAGGAAGGAUAUUUUUGUCAAACUAUUGUCAUUUUGGUAUAUGAAUUAUGCUUACUGUCUCAAAUUAUGGAGAUCCAUGUUUAAAUCCGCGAGAAUAUAUUCAUGUGGUAGAAUGUUUUUGUCACCUUUUAAACAUGUUAAUUGCGGAUGUUAAUGUAUUCAUUGUUGUCAGUCAUUGUUUGUUAUAGUGCAGAUACUAAACACCUUGAAAGUAUCUUAGAUAAAAUGAUCAUACACGUCCCUGUUCAAGUCUGCAAAAAUCUGCAAAUAUCUACUUGGAGGUUGUUAGCUUAUAUUUACAGAUAAAUACCUCAUACCCCCCCCCAUUCAUGAAAUAAAUAAAAAAUAUAACUGCUAAUUAAUUUUCACACCAACAUAGGUUUAUUGGAUGAUUGGUGUUUACAAACUUAAUAGUCUGAAGUAUUUUCCGUCAGUGGGGGUACGCAUGAAUUAUUAACUGUUUUGCCCCCAAAAUAGCUUUAGCCAUAAAAUACCAAUCAUGAUUAACUAGGUAUAGAAUUAAGAGUAUUUUCUUGAAAAUUAAUGUUUGAAAGAUUGCGGGUUACACAGUCAAAAUAAUUCGAUCAGCAAAAUUCAUAUAGAACAAAUCUUCAAUGUGUUCUUUUCGUUCAACUUUCAAGGAAAAAGGAUUUUAACAACAGUAUUACAUAAGAAUAUCUUGAAAACACAGGUCUUGUUUGCCCCGAGUAUGUUGUAACGACUUGUACAUAUUAUCGUGUUACUUGCCAUAUUGUCUGUAUGGAAUUGUGAAUAUGGAUGUAUCAUAUUUUUUCUUAUUGCAUCAUGUUUAUUAUACAUGUGAUGAUAUAUAUUAUUGUAUUCAUCUUUAGUCGCUCGAGCCAAAGGUUAUUUUCAGUUAUAUCAUACUUUUUGUCCUGAUACAGCAAACAAAAAAUACUACUGUGAUGAUGAUGAUGAUGAUGAUAAUUGAGUGAGAAUUAGUACUGCCUGUAAUUUUUGUUUUUAAAAUGUAAGAAAACAAUUUAAAAAUAUUGAGUUUUGUGAGCGAAUGUAUUGAAAAAGUACAUAGUCUGACUAUUAAUAUAUAUAUACAUUUUCCAUAUUGUUACAUUCGUUUUCAGUUGUCAAUGAAUGAACAACAUUGAUACGUAAUGGUGUUUCUAAUUUAUACGAUAAUUCAUCAAAUUAGAAACUUUCAUGGAAAUAUCUUUGCCCGAGAUUUAGGCCUACUACUUGUACACGUAAAAACAACAACGUAUCAUUGGUAAAAGUGUCAACAAUAUUCUGGCAUCAAAAUUAUCUAUAGGAAUUCCUAUUUCACUCAUUGAACUGCCCACCCCAAAAGUAAAUAAAAUGUUGACACAUUAACAUUUCCAAUAAUGUCUAUCAGUUAUUUGAUAUUCUUUCCAAGUUUUGAGUAAAAUUCUAUGUGUCUGUUUUUAGAUUUAAUGAUGACGCCCAUAUCAAUCAGGCCAUAUGCCUUUACCAUGUUUAAUCUUAAGAUUUGUUUAUCUUAGAUUUGUUUAUCUUAUUCCAGCAAUGACACUGAAUCUAGUGAAGCAUGUUUAUAUUUACAAGAAAUCAACUAAAGUCAAUUCAAGAAAAUAAUAAUGUAUUCGGUAAAAUAAUUUCACUGACUGAUUUAUUUUUCGUAUUAAAACUAGAUUGAGAAUUCUAGUUUCCUACGUAACAUGAUUGAAGUUCUAUGAACAUUUUUGACCCAUGUAUUAAGAUAUGAUUUAAUGGUAAUAAAUGUUAUCACGUUCUU